AGAGCAGAGGAGAGGAAGGUGCUGCUCUCUGAUUGCAGCAUUCUCUCACAUUCACAAGGUGUGUGCUCUAUUCCAUCUCAAUAUCUCACACAAACACACACACGCAUAGCCUUGGUGCUGCAGAGAUACAGAGGCAUGCAGUGAGGUCCAGCAGCAUCAUACAGACAGAGCCCACAAUAUCAGUGCAGCAGCUAUACCAUCGGUCAGCAGUGACGAUCAUAACAACCUGGACCAGGGAGGACAGCAUCACAGGCAUCACACUGGGGACCACAGAGUGUGCGGGCCGGCCAGAGGCCAUGCGGCUGGUCCAUAAUGCAGAGAAGCAAUCUUUCUCCUUUAAGAAGUGCUCUGCCUUCCAGUUUGUCAAGAGAAAGGUUCGCAGAUGGAUGCGAAAUCCAAAGGUGAACGUGGAGAAGGCCCAGACUAAAGGUUACCUGUCACCAUGUCCAAAAUGUCAAGAAGGGCAGAAUCUGUGGUACACACACAUCCCUGCACCGUACGGCUACUGUCAUUACAGUCCUGGAGGAUACUAUCUCCCUCACCCCCCUAGCCCUCUCUGUCAGCCCAGUGCCCCAUGCACACCCUGCCAGUCAGACAAGAACAAGACAUGCAAGGCAAGAAAAUGGAAAAUGCUCAGUCGUUAUCACGGUGAUAAUAAUGUGAAGGAGGCAGAGACAGAGGCACAUGUGAUCUGCCCCUGGACAAUGUCACCACUGCUGGGAAGUCCUGUACUGCUGGAAUGUUGCAUCUGCAAUGGACCCUUCAUCACGUAUGGGAAUGAGGAGGCAUGGCAACCCCGUCAACGCACACAGGCAAUGGACCUCUACUACCAUGGAGAUCCUGAGUCUGAUUAUUCCUGUCCGUCGGACACCACGUUUAUGAAACAGAGGAAGAUGGGGCUGAAUGACUUCAUCCAGAAGCUUUCCACAAACAAUUAUGCAUGCAAACAUCCUGAGGUUCAGUCCAUCUUGAACUUGGCACCUCCACAAGAUGCUGAGCUGAUGAACAGCAACCCUUCCCCACCGCCUAGCCCUUCUCAGCAGAUCAACCUUGGUCCCUCUUCCAACCCCACUGCUAAACCCUCAGACUUCGACUUUCUCAAAGUCAUUGGAAAAGGCAGCUUUGGCAAAGUUCUGCUGGCCCGACACCGUAAUGAUGAGCAGUCCUAUGCAGUCAAGGUGCUGCAGAAGAAAGCCAUCUUGAAGAAGAAAGAGGAGAAACACAUUAUGUCAGAGCGAAACGUGUUACUGAAGAAUGUCAAGCAUCCAUUCCUGGUGGGCCUGCAUUAUUCCUUUCAGACUGCUGAUAAACUCUACUUUGUACUGGACUACAUUAAUGGAGGCGAGCUGUUCUAUCACUUACAAAGGGAGCGAUGUUUUCUGGAGCCACGUGCACGGUUUUAUGCUGCUGAGAUUGCAAGCGCCUUGGGGUACCUACACUCUUUGAACAUUGUGUACAGAGAUCUGAAGCCUGAGAACAUUCUUCUGGACUCACAAGGACACAUCAUCCUGACCGACUUCGGCCUCUGCAAAGAGAACAUAGAACCCAAUGGAACGACAUCUACAUUCUGUGGGACGCCAGAGUAUUUGGCACCAGAGGUCUUGCAUAAACAGCCAUAUGACAGAACGGUAGACUGGUGGUGUUUGGGUGCAGUGCUGUAUGAAAUGUUAUAUGGCCUGCCUCCAUUCUACAGUCGUAACACAGCAGAAAUGUACGAUAACAUCCUGAACAAGCCACUGCAACUCAAACCCAACAUCUCCAAUGCUGCCAGACACCUGCUGGAGGGUCUGCUGCAAAAGGACCGCACUAAGAGACUGGGCUUCUCUGAUGACUUUAAUGAGAUCAAAAACCACAUGUUCUUCUCUCCCAUAAACUGGGAUGAUCUGAAUGCCAAGAAGUUAACUCCCCCCUUCAACCCUAAUGUGACGGGACCUAAUGACUUACAGCACUUUGACCCAGAGUUCACCGAUGAGCCAGUGCCAAGUUCAAUUGGCUGUUCCCCAGACAGUGCUCUUGUCACAGCCAGCAUUACUGACGCAGCCGAGGCUUUCCUAGGCUUCUCUUACGCCCCUGCCAUGGAUUCCUAUCUGUAGCCCAUCGACUAAGAAUCGGCAUUUCAUAGACUCUUACCUGUAGUAGCUCAUUACCAUGGAAACACUGUUCCAUGGAAUCACACCUGUAGUGCAUCACUAUGAGAAAGAUAACCCAGUCUCAUUUUCCUGCCUCCAGAUGGGGGUAUUUGCACAUAGCGUAACGGCAGCUUAGAAGGCCUUUGUUACAAGAGGC